GCCCCCCUCUAUCCUCCGGUGCAUACUAGGACAGAGAACGCGAAGGAGAAGUGUACGUGAAGAGCUGCAAUCGGAGGGAAUAUUCCGUUUUCGUUUACAGAAAGCCUCCGUAUCUGGCUCGAACAACAAGAUGGAUGAAAUGGAAGAGGAGUUAAAAUGCCCGGUGUGCGGCUCGUUUUUCCGCGAACCGAUCAUCCUGCCGUGCUCGCAUAAUAUCUGCCUGGCCUGCGCGAGAAACAUCCUGGUGCAGACGCCCGAAGCCGAAUCCCCGCAGAGCAGCCGCGCGUCAGGCUCCGGCGUCUCCGAUUAUGAUUACUUAGAAUUGGAUAAGAUGAGUCUGUACAGCGAGGCGGACAGCGGAUACGGCUCUUACGGAGGGUUCGUGAGCGCACCGACCACCCCGUGCCAGAAGUCUCCCAACGGGGUGCGCGUUUUCCCCCCUACCGUUCCUCCUCUGCCCCAAGCGCAACACCACCUGCUGCCUCACACCGGCGUCCUGCCGCCGGUCCCCCGGAACUCCUGCCUCACCUGCCCGCAGUGCCACCGCAGCCUGACGCUGGAUGACCGGGGGCUCCGGGGCUUCCCUAAGAACCGUGUGCUGGAGGGGGUUGUGGACCGGUACCAGCAGAGUAAAGCGGCUGCGCUCAGGUGUCAGCUGUGCGAGAAGAGCCCCCGCGAGGCGACGGUCAUGUGCGAACAGUGUGACGUGUUCUACUGCGAUCCGUGCCGCCUGCGGUGUCAUCCGCCCCGGGGUCCGCUGGCCAAACACCGGCUCGUGCCUCCGGCGCAGGGCAGAAUCAGCCGCCGCACGAGCCCCCGAAAAACCUCCACCUGCACCGAGCACGAGCUGGAGAACCUGAGUAUGUACUGCGUCCAGUGUAAGACCCCCGUGUGUUACCAGUGUCUGGAGGACGGCAAACACUCCACACAUGAGGUCAAAGCUCUGGGGGCCAUGUGGAAGCUCCACAAGGGACAGCUCUCUCAAGCACUGAAUGUUCUGUCUGAUCGGGCCACAGAGGCCAAAGAGUUCCUGGUGCAGCUCAGAAAUAUGGUACAACACAUACAGGAGAAUGGAGUUGAAUUCGAGGCAUGUUUGGUCGCCCAGUGUGAUGCUCUGAUUGAAGCUCUCAACCGCAGGAAAGCCCAGCUUCUCAGCAGAGUAACCAAAGAACAUGAACAUAAACUCUCAGUGGUUCGUGAUCAGAUAUCCCACUGCACGGUGAAGUUGAGACAGACCACAGGAUUAAUGGAAUACUGUCUGGAAGUUAUCAAAGAAAACGACCCCAGUGGCUUCCUGCAGAUCUCAGAUGCUCUGAUAAGACGGGUCCAUAUGACGGAGAAUCAGUGGGGGAAGGGCUCUCUGAGCCCUCGCAUGAGCAGUGACUUUGACCUGACGCUGGACAGCGGACCCCUGCUGCAGACCAUACACCAGUUAGACUUCGUCCAGAUGAAGGUUCCAGCUGCUCCUAUUCUUCAGUUAGAAGAGUGCUGUACUCAAACCAACAGUGCAACUCUGUCGUGGAAACAGCCGCCUCUCUCCACCAUCGCUGUAGAAGGCUACAUUUUAGAACUGGAUGAUGGGAAUGGAGGCCAGUUCAGAGAAGUAUACGUUGGUACAGAGAUGAUCUGCACUGUGGAUGGUCUGCGUUUCAACAGCACUUAUAAAUCUCGUGUUAAAGCGUUUAACUCCAGUGGAGUCGGCCAGUACAGCAAAACGCUUGUCAUGCAGACAUCAGAGAUGAGUCUGCCUUCAUUUGGUAGUAAAACUCUGGCAGCAGUUGCCUGGUUCACCUUUGACCCUGCUACGGCCCACCCUGACAUCAUCUUGUCAAACGACAACCUCACGGUGACGUGUAACAGUUACGAUGACCGUGUCAUAAUGGGCAACACAGGCUUCUCUCGUGGCGUGCACUACUGGGAGAUGACCAUCGAUCGCUAUGACAACCACCCUGACCCUGCGUUUGGAAUCGCCCGUGCUGAUGUCAUGAAGGACGUGAUGCUGGGGAAGGAUGAUAAAGCCUGGGCCAUGUAUGUGGACAACAACCGCUCCUGGUUCAUGCAUAACAACUCACACACCAACCGUACGGAUGGAGGAAUAAGUAAAGGAGCGACUGUGGGUGUGCUGCUGGAUUUCUCUCGUGGGAUUCUGUUAUUUUUGAUAAAUGAUGAGCAACAGGGGCCCGUUGCAUUCAACACACUGGAGGGCAUGUACUACCCGGCCAUCAGCCUCAACCGCAAUGUUCAGGUGACUCUUCAUUCUGGGCUGCCUGUUCCUGAUUUUUAUACACCUGGGGAAUCUGAAGCUGCAGGCUCAGUCUGCUGAAGAGUCAUUACACACUUAUAUACAUAUGCACACACACGCACAGACAAGUGCGCAUGGAUCCAGCUGUGAGUACUUGGCGGGGGAAUUGCUACUGACAGUCAUUAAUAUGUUUUAACAAGGUCUGAGUUCUGAAAUGUAAAAGGACCUGAUAUAUGUAAGGGUUAGGGUUAACUCAACCCUAACUUAACCCUAACCUUAACUCUGACCCUGAUGUAUUUGAGGUAAAUGGAUAUUGAAAUUCUUGAAUCAUUUUCUUCUCCAUUUCUUACACUUUUUCUAGAUAUGAUUAUUAUUAUUAUUGAUGUUGUCAUUGUUUUUAUGGAAAAGGUGCUCAUGGAUGUGAACUCCUAAAUGACUGGAUAUUAACAGAUGUCUGUCUGUUGUUUCAUGAUACAAUCCUCUGUGUGAAGUUAAGCUUAGACAUAAGUUACUGAUGUGUUUGACCUUAGAGGACGCAUUUUACAUUACAUAGAAAUGUUCUGUUGCAUAUACAGUAAAGGUGAUUUUAACUGCAAAUGGAGACAAAAACUCGAGUGAAAUAUCUAAUAUUACAACCUCUUCAUGCAUAUUAUGCCUUAGUUGAUGUUAUAUAUCCUAAACCCUUCCCUGAAACUCAAACCCGUUAUUUCCAUCCUUUCGCAUUCACAGCGGAUGAGCAAACAUACAAUUGGGAUGUAUUAGACGAUGCAAGAAUGAGCUGAAUGUGUGUCAGUGAGGAGGUAAUGGCUUUCUGUUUGUUGAACAGAAUAGAAAACACUAAUUGGGACAAAUACAUGCACACAUACACACACACACACAGGCAUUUUCACAGCCUUGCGUAAUGUUUUUAUGGAGAGAUGAGAAUGAAUAAGUCUUUGUUUCUCUCUCUCUCUGUUUUAUUUCUCCUUUGCUGCCUCAAUUCUGCACAAGCUUAACGCAAAUGCUAAACAAAUAACUGGUGCUGCUUAUAUUCAAUGUGAGAAAAUAUUACAAUAUUAAAGAGUAGAGCUGCAAAUCCAAAAGAGAGAACUUUAAACAAGACAACAUACAUUGUACUUGAAGCAUUGGCUAUUAGUUUAUCAUAAAGGAUGUAGUUUUGCAUUAAGAAAAGUAUUUAAAAUCCCACUGGUGGGGUUAAAAUAUAGGGCAGGAGAUGUACUUUAUCUGUUUGUUAAGCAGAUGAUUUAUGCUCAGCAAACAACUGAAUGUUUGGGUGCAGUGAGGGACAGUUUCACCCAUUGUAAAUUGUAUUUUUUCAUAAAUGAAUCCCAAUAUAAGAAAUGUAUUAUUAUUAUUAUAACUAUUGUGUCUGAAUUGUUGUCAUCUGUAAAGUUCUAUGCUCAAUAAACUGGAUAAGAUGCAAUAAAAAAAAAA